UUCAACUUGGAGGGCUAUAUGUUGGAGAAGGACAACAUGUUAGGCCAUUAAUUGAAGUAAGAAUGAUGGAAUUGGAUGGAUUACCUCAAUUGACAUGUUUGUGGAACAAGGAUCCCCAUGGAAUUCUGGGCCUUCAAAGCCUACAAUACCUAACAAUUAAGAAAUGUUCCCUCUUGAGAAAUCUAUUCACAUGUUCCACCGCCAUGGCUCUUCAACAACUUAAAGUACUUUAUUUGGAGUCUUGUCCAGUGAUGGAAGAAGUUAUUGCAGCAACAGAGGAUGGGCUCAAGGAAGUGAUUGAUGUGAUUGAAUUCCCAAAGUUGGAGUGGCUAAUACUGAAAGAUCUACCAAACCUCAACAGUUUCUGUAAUGCAAACUAUAAUUUUAAUUUGCCAUCAUUAAACAGAGUUGUUCUGAAGAGGUGUCCGGAUAUGUACAACUUUACUUUGGGACAAGUAUGCAUGUCACAGAUAUUUGUAAGUACACGUGGCAAUGAAGGCCUUUGGACAGAAGAUCUCAAUAAGUAUUUAGAGGAACGACUUCUGAAAGGAGAGGAAUGCGCAACCGUGGAUGAAAGUGAUUUUGACAUCGAAGAAGAAGAGUUCUCUAACCUUUAUUGGCUAGAUGAGUAAAGUAAGUUGAUCAUCCUUUAUUAUUAAUAUAU